CAACAGCUGAAUGACUCCUCAGUCAUUAUCAGCGCCCUCAAGACCUCCCUGGUUUCAGGGCAGCCCCUGGAAGAGGUCAUCACCUAUUACCCACCCAUGAAGGCCAUGAAUGACCAGGGCAAGGAGGUACCUGCCGAGGCCUUGGCUUCCUUUGACUACAUUGUCCGUGAGGGAAAGUUUGGAGCUGUAGAGGCCACCAUGGCCAAGUAUGUGGGUGCAGCUGCCAUGUACCUCAUCAGCAAGCGCCUCAAAAGCAGGCACCACCUGCAGGAUGAUGUCCGUGCAGACCUCUAUGAAGCAGCCAACAAAUGGGUGACAGCCGUGGGCAAAGACCGGCCAUUCAUGGGGGGUCAAAAGCCUAACCUUGCUGACCUGGCAGUGUAUGGUGUGCUGAGAGUGAUGGAGGGUCUGGAAGCCUUCGAUGACCUGAUGCGACACUCACGAAUCCAACCUUGGUACCUUCGGAUGGAGCGGGCCAUUGAGGAAGCCCCCUCAGUGCACUGUGUCCCCCCUAACUGCUGAGGGCCAAGACCUGUCCAUGCUGGUAGGAGGUAGUCAUUUUGUCUCUGGUCCACCCAGCCCCUCCUGGCCCUCUAUUGGACAUUUCUAGGGAUGUUGACACUGGGGACAAGGCCCAGGCUCAUAGCUAUCUGAGGGCAAAGGGUCAGGAGAUUACAGAGGACUAUCCUCCAACCCCAAUUUCAGGGGCCUGCUCUCCCAACAGGGAUUCCUUUUCAACUCUCCCAGGGCUCAGUGACUCCUUGUUGGCAAGGAUCAGACUGGGCUCCUACCCUGGACAAGGGGAGGCAGUCUGCAUUAGGGAAAGCCCUGUCCACAUGUCUACUGGUUCCAGCUCUUCCCAGGUACCCCUGGACUACUGUAUUUGCAAUAAAGGAGAGGUCUGCUGCUCCCCUCUGGCAGCCAC